GAAAAAAAAAACAUUCUUUUGUCUGACGGGAUGUGGAGACAAUCAGAAAUUCAAUAUGAUUUGUAACUUAGCCAUUUGAUGAAUAAAGAUAUUUGUACAUGUUUUUGUAAGCCCAGUCUACGUGAGUCAGAGCUCCUAUGGCAUUGAUACAAGAAUGUCAUUGAUGCACAUCAACCCUGUCCAGAACUGCAAAACUGCACACAGACACACACACAUACUAUUGUGACAACAAAAACAAUGAUUACCAUUGCUUUGAAGAAAAUCAUCAAGUACUCCUCUUGUAGUUAAAGACGCGUUACAGAGUAUUUGUAACAAAUAAGCAAGCUAACUAGCUAACAGCUAACUUGGCUGGCAAACACCAACAACAGCACUGCUGGCAGUGAGAAACACUAACUAGAUUGCUAACUAACUUAUGUUGGUGAUAUAUUUGGCUACGCUGUGCUGUAAAAGCUGCUUUUGUUUAUAUUCUCAUAGGAUUUCCAACCUGGAGCACAAACCUACUUAGCGAAUGGCCUGGGUGGCUAGUGGUAACAUUGGUGUUCUUAACUCCUCUUGGCAUGACCAUUUACCAUUCAAAUGUUAUACAAACUACCUCUCUAUAGAACAAACCAUAAAAUGGUCAAAACAUACAUGAUACUGCUUCAACUAGUGAGUGUGUGUAAUAAAACAUGCAAGAGUGUGUAUUGGUGUCUCUAUGUGUUUCUAUACUUGUUAGUGUGUGUAUGUUUGUAUACUUCAUGUCUGGUCAAGUUGUGAGACCUCUGUCCACUGCCUGGCAUUUCUAUUUUUAGCUCACCUCUAUUGCCAAGGGACGCAGCAAUAUGACGCUGCAAAAACACUUUGUACACACACUCACAUACACACAUGUAGCCUCCACAGACUCAAAACAGUUUUAUUUACUGUGCUCCCAAGCAGGAACCCUCUAAAGACCCUCAAAAUUUGUCCUGGCACACGUACCACUGAAGCGAUCGGCUUACUGGCCCAGCCUGCAGGGGUUUCCCCACCUUCAUGGAGCCCCUCCUCGCCAGCUGCCCGGGACCUGAGGCUGACACUGUGCCCCAGUUUGGAGCCUCAGAGCUGGGGGAGGGAGAAGAGCUGGCAGGGCCCUUGAGGGUGCGUGUGGGGGACAGUGUUUUCACAGUGGACCGAACCAUGCUAGCAGGCAGCUGCGCCUACUUCCGUGGACUGUUUCGUUCUGGAAUGCGGGACAGCCGCACAAAUGAGGUUUACCUGCAAGGUGGGCUGCAACCAGGAGGGUUUCUGGUCGCUCUAGCCGUGGCAAGAGGGGAGCGCCCCCCCCUACCGGAUGCGGAUCGGCUCAUGGAGGCCGUGGAGUGUGCUGCAUUCCUCCAGGUGGAGGCGCUAGAGAGCCACCUGGCUGACAUCUUGGACACUGAUAACUGCCUGCUACUGUGCCAAGCAUCGGCUACUUUUGGCCUACACAAGCUCUUCACCAGCGCCGCUACUUUCAUCCGUGAUUCCUACCGCGAUCUGAAGUGGGUGGCAGAGGAGUCUCUUCACCCAGACAUACUGAGCUACAUUGAGUCGCUCACACCAGCCUCCUUCAUCGCCCUGGGUACCCACACCCCUUCCAUGAAGAUCCUCCAGGACACCUACCGCACUGUGUGCCACCUGGAUGAGGAGCAGGGCGUCUGGAGGUUCCUGACCGACCUGCCGGUGGACUCCAGCACCUCCAUGGCGGGUGUGGCUGUGCUGGACGGGCGGCUGUACGUGAUCGGGGGUGUGGUGGGAGUCAGCAAGGUGGCUGUCGACCGUGGUUUCUGCUACGACCCGCUUACAAACACCUGGACUGACAUACCUGGUCCUACUCAAUCUCGCUAUGACUUCAAUUUACUUGGCCUGGAUGGUAAGUUGUAUGCGUUAGGAGGCGAGCAUGGCAGGAAGAUCAUGUCAUCUGCCGAGGCCUUUGAUGUAGCUGCAGGAACCUGGUCUUUCAUAAAGCACGCCCCAAGGCCUGUGGCAGGAGCUGCAGGGGCGGUAUGCCGACGUAGGAUCUUCCUAUGCUUCUGGAAGCCUCCAGAUAUCACAGAUAUCUAUGAGUACGUGCCCGCUGAGGAUGAGUGGACGCUUAUCACCACGAUGGUGCGUCACCAGAGCUACGGUCACUGCAUGGUGGCGCACAGGGACAAUCUGUACGUCAUGCGCAACGGGCCCGGUGACGACUUCCUACGUUGUCUGAUGGACUGCUACAACAUUACCACGGGACAGUGGAGCACUCUGCCAGGACACUACAUCAACAGCAAGGGGGCGCUCUUCUCUGCUGUGGUCAGAGGAGACGCUGCGUUCACCGUCAACCGAGCCGUCACCAUAGAGUUUGCCGUCGCCACAACGGGUUGGAGGCACCGCAGGGAGAUGACAGGCUUUCCCAAGAGUGGAUCACUAUGGACCUGUUUGCUCAGACUGGCUAGGGAAGGAUCUCAAGAGGAGGCAGAAAGAAAGGAGAAUGUGGAGGAACAUGAUGGAGAUGAAGUUAAAGAGAACGGUCUUGAAGGCCAUGUGUAGAUACUUCUCUCGAAAAAAAAAACAUUCUUUUGUCUGACAGGAUGUGGAGACAAUCAGAAAUUCAAUAUGAUUUGUAACCUAGCCAUUGGAUGAAUAAAGAUAUUUGUACAUGUU